AUGUCUAUAUUGCACCGAUUGGGACGACUCCCAGCACGAAAUGUAUAUAAAUGGAUUCACACUUCAGCCUAUCUGAGGACUGCAGCGACAGAAUCACCCGCCAAACCUGCAAUAGACUCAAAGACAACGACCAGCUUAUUAAACUCAAAGCAUCAUGGCCGUCACCGUUCGUCCAAAUUGAAACAAACCAUGGCCAAGGCCACGUUACCAGAGUCCUUUUUGUCGACAAAUUACACCAAGCAUACAGCAUUGAAAUCACUGCCACCUAAAUACGCACCAUUUGUACCGGAUUAUGUGUGGAAAGAACUAGAGUAUUCCGUCAGAUCAGGGCUGGCACCCAAAGGCACAUUGGCGGCGUAUGAUCAUACAGACCAUAUCGGCCUGACCGUGCCCAACGCAGGAGCAUGCUAUUUGCAGGACCAUAUAGUACAUCAGCUGGCAGCCAAUGUCAAUGCUAAUGUGCUCACCUUGGAUCCUCAGGACUUUAUAUUCUUGGCUCAACGUAGUUUCAGCAGGGACGCUGCCGAUUUGAUGCCUCUCUUUUCAUCCAGCGAGCAAGAGCGCAAAAAGCUGCUAGCACUCAGUCAGGAAUAUCAGGACGAAAUGGAUAACGCAGACACCAUGGAUUCAGAUGGUGAUGUCCGUGGCGCUUUUGGCCUUGUUAAACAACAGCCUCAGGACACAAACCAAGACAAUGAGGAGGAUGCAGAAGAAUACGACGAGGAUGACUACGAUGAAGAUGACGAUGAAAGCGCUGACCAAGACGACGGCAAGGUGAAAUUGCGAGUUGUGCCUUUUGGACAGCCCACUUCUGCCGGGAAGAUCAUUGAAGUGCACCGCAACAAGAGAGAUAAAGAGGCAGAAUCCGUGCUAAGGCACUUAUCCAAAAAAUACACUCACAUGUUCAAACGGCAUUUGGCAGAUGGCGAUAGCAGCAACGACAACAAGAUUGUGUAUCUGAGGGAUUACGGAGGCAUCCAUGAUCAGUUUUCCAAGAUACUGUUGAACUCACUUGUGGAUGCAGUGGCCGAUCUGAAACAAAAGGGACAUGCUUUGAUCAUGAUUGCCUCUCACUGUCAGAGAACAAGAAAGCUGGACGAGGAUUAUCCUGACAUAUCAAAUAUGCGUCGUAUCUCUGUGCUACCACCGCUGCAGGAUGAAGCUCAAGUAGCAGAGUGGACGUCCAUAAUGAAACAAGACGAAGGUCGCAGAAUCAAGGAAAUCAACGCAAAGCAGCUGCUGGCCAUGUACAACCACAAGAGCACGCUUGGUCUAACAGCAGACAACCAGGGCGAUUUGCUCAGAGAUCUACUCGCCAUGGAAGACCUCACUCUCUCAAAAGCGAUAUGGACUCCUGAUAAUGUAGAUCGUCGUGUUACGGCAGCGAUAGGUCACGCAUUGGAAAAGAACAAGACAAGCCUCGAUGUGCAAGACUUUGAAGCCGCCAACCGCAUUGUUGAUCAGUACACAGAGAUGCUGGAAAAGAGCACGUCCAAGUUAACAACUCUGCCCAAAGAGGCUCUGAAACUAGAGCCAGACGGAAGCGUGGAUUUCGCUCAUUUGAAAAAGACGUGCAAUGAUUUCGAACGCAAGUUGUUGAGCAGAGUGGUGGAUGGCACUCAAGUCCAGGGAUCCUUUCAAGAUGUACGUGCACCGCCACUCACUAUCAGUACACUCCAGUCGUUGAUUUCUUUGCCUUUGAUUCGUCCAGAACUAUUUAGAAAAGGUAUCCUAAAGAAGAACUUUAUACCUGGUGUAUUGCUCUUCGGUCCACCUGGUACAGGAAAGACCAUGUUGGCCAAGGCCGUUGCCAGAGACAGUGGUAGCCGCAUGCUGGACAUUCAAGCAAGCGAUGUCUAUGAAAUGUAUGUUGGACAAGGCGAGAAAAAUGUCAAGGCAAUUUUCUCUCUCGCAAGAAAGCUCUCUCCUUGUGUCAUCUUUAUAGAUGAAGUGGAUAGUCUGCUGAACCAGCGUGGAUCUGACCAUGCAGCGAGAUCGCACCGGGAAAUCAUCAACCAGUUUAUGGUGGAGUGGGAUGGCCUCUCUAGCCAUAAUCAAGGCAUCAUUGUCAUGGCAGCUACUAACCGACCCUUCGAUUUGGAUGAUGCUGUUCUUAGACGUAUGCCUCGUCGUAUUCUCGUUGAUUUGCCUAAUGAAGACGAUCGUGCAGAGAUAUUAAAGAUACUCUUGAAAGAUGAGGAUCACCACCAAGUGUUUAUAGCAGAGAUAGCCAAAGCUACGGAGCACUACUCUGGCUCUGAUCUAAAGAAUGUCUGUGUCACAGCUGCCCUGAAAGCUGUUCAGGAACAAGUGGCGACAAACCAACCUCAGGCACUGACCAUGGAACAUUUUAGAGAAGCCAUCAAGAUGGUGCCUGCUAGUUCCAGCGAUGACAUGGAGAGCUUGGUUGAACUGAAAAAGUGGGAUAGCAAAUUUGGUGAUGGCAAAAAGAAAAAGAAGACUAGCAUUGGGUUCUCUUGA